AGGUUCAAGGUUAAGGUCAAGAGAACGAUGGGGAUUUGGUUUGUAAAGUCCAUCCCAAGGUGCUGGUUUGAUCGUAUUUGUGGUCAUCAGAUAACUUCGAAUUUCCCUUACUUCCUAGUUAGUUGUUACUUAAAAAUUGUGCAAUAUACUUACAUGCACCCAGUCUCUGGCUCACUGAUCCUCUUCUUUUGUAGGUCCUCACUCACACUUUUCUUCCCACUCCUUAAAUAACACACCAACCUUGACGCCGACUUACCAACGGCUUCAGGCUGCGGGAAUAUGGAUGGCUACGACCAUAGUUGCGAGCGGAAAUUACUGAGCAGUCAUUCAACGUUUGGAUUACCACCUGUGAAGUCAGACAGCUCUCUGGUCGAUGAUAACACUGGUGUGGAAAGAAUUACUAAGGCAUUUUCACCUCCAGAAAAUAGACUCGCUCCACUUCUUGGCAAAAAGUUAUUCAUGCAUUAUGAAUCAGGCACAGCUCGUGACAAACACAUUGAACAAGUGUUAAAGAAGCUUAAAGGAGCAAGUUUACCUUUUUUGUGCUCAGUAUUAUUUCUUCCUGAGCGUUUUACGUGUGGUAAAACUUACGUUAAUAAGUUUUGGUUGAAAAUAAGCAAGACACUUCGUAGCUUCGGCACGUAAUAUUCAACGAAAUCUGGUAGGAUAGUUUUUAGAAUGUGACUGAAAACUGGAACGCACUAAAUGUAGUGUUUGUGGAGUGGUAGUCUUUAUCCAAUGCGUCCAGUCAAUUGGGGGCCGAACAAACAAUGUAACGGUCCGAAAACCUAAUUUAGUACAAUAUAUUUUGAAGGAUAUAGGGGACAGAACGCCAAAUCCAUUUUACUAUUUUCCAGUGUUCUUGUAUGUGUUUAGCUUUCUCUGGGGUAAUUCAGUCAGUACACAAAGUAUUCUUGAAAUUAGAUUCGAGGAGUUAGUUGCACGGUAGGAAAAUCUGUACUCUAUGAUGUGGUUUGUCCUUGGCCUUUGAAUUUAUCAACCGUGUCAUGUGUAUUAGUUGGUCUAAUUGAAGGAGUGACGGGGGUCCUGUACAUCAUCGGGAUAGUACAAUAAGGUUUAACUUCCUAGUCCACUCGUAAAAGAAGCUAGGCACAGGCAAAAGUUCUUUGCACUUUCCAGGCUAUGAGUUACAUUUUAAUUAAGAGUUUAUGACUUGAACGCAGGUUGUUGUUUGGCUUUGCUUCUACACAUGUUUUUCUUGAUGUAGCAUUUCGCGAGUUAAGAUUAUUGCAACAUGAUUGACUAUAGCCUCUCCAUUGUUCUAGUCGUCUAUCAUUUGAGAUGCAGAUACUUUGCUAACUUGUUCAUUUUUUUGGUUUUAUAAUCACUGGUGUGUUGAACAAGUGUCAGUAAGGUUGUGAAUUCCAACGACUUCUGGUCAAAUGAUUUUAAUGAUGACUACGUCUCUAAGCCCAGAAAUUGGAUUGAACUUGCGUACAGUAAGGCCUAUGCAGCUAUUUGACCGGAAGAGGUAGUUGAAUUCUUUAGUCGGGAUGUUGAUUACGUCAUAACUAAUCGGAUAUCAUCUCGAUUGGCAUCACCUACUAUUGAUGAAUCACCGGUUAGAUCGUCGAAACAAUCCACUUCGCUUCACAAUCAGCUCUCAUCUACUUCGCAAACACCAAACAAUCUCAAAGUUCCUGUGCUAAUAGGAAGCAAACCUGUUAAUAGCCCGGUAACACGUGGUAGAGCUAUGUUACUUGCCGCACGCAAAAUCGCUACUGAAGAUUCUAAUUCUACUUCAUCAGGUAUUACAGCCUCAUCGAUAUUAAACCAAGCUCAAACAUCCAAUGAUGUAUCUGUUGCACCUAUACAAUCUCAGUCAUCAUCUAUGUCUUGUGUAUUGGGAUCUAGCCGAAAGUUAAAUUCAAAUAAUGACCUGUUAUACAAAGCUCGUCAGCUAGGUAUUAAAAUUCUCUCUAUUGACACUGUAACGAAAUGGAUAAAAAAUCUUCCAUCAGACGUUCAGUCAUAUAUUCAGUCUAUACAACGAACAGAUCAUGAUGAUCAUCUCGACAAGCUAACUAAUGAUCCAGAGCGUGAUAGGAUUCAUGAAGUUCGACAUCUAGUGACACCAUGUAUCAAAGUGAUUGAUACAAAAAGUCAUUACCGACCUAUUUAUUUAGAUAAAACAGACUACUUGCCUGACUUGUGGAAUCUAACCAAUCGUUAUAAAUCUAAAUCUAAAUCCCUUCUUGAAGUGGGCGUACAUGAUACUCCAUCAUCUCCGAUCCCAAUAACUACAACCAAUACUACUGUUAUCAUUACUACUGCUACUAUUACAACAACAGUUACUACUGCUAAUGGGCCGUGUAGUGGUAGUGUCCCGGGAGCAAGCGUUGGUUUUACUCUACAAAAUCCAAGUCAUUGUAUUCCCGGAACAGGCACUCAGUCAGUCUUAACACGCAGAGAUAGUCGAAAUAAACGUAAACAUCGUCUUCAAAAACAUAAUACUGCUACUCCAUUACAACGUACAGCUUCUUUAGUUGCUAAAGGAACGGAAAGUAAUCUCAAAGCUUCUUCGACUACUGCUGCUGUCAAUGAUGAACCAUCGGGUUAUUGUGAAUGUUGUUCUACGAAUUUUAAAAGUUUGCUUGAGCAUUUACAUUGUACAGAUCAUCAGCAAUUUGCUAACAAUUCUGAAAAUUAUCGUCUUCUUGAUGAUGUUUUAAAUAAGCUGCCAACAUUUAAAGAGUUUCUAACAAAAACUGCAUCGACUACUUUGCAACUACCAUCUUAUUUAAAUCCUAUUGCAAUAAGUCCUUGCGCUUCUCAGCAUGAAAAAGAUUAUCUCUUAAAUAAUUCCAAAUGCGAAAUGUUAGAAAAAGAAAAUAUACCUCCCAUUCAAACAAGAAUUAAUGGAAAUAUUGAACCUGUCUCUGUUUCACAGAAGUCACAAUCUACACUAAAUGACUAUGAAAAUAUUUCUAAAGAAAUCAAUGUUCCUCCAACAUUAAACUUUUCUGAACCACUUGGACCUAAUCAAUUUACUGAUGGAAAUUCCGAUAUAUUCAAUAAUACUGAUUUAGACGUUUGUGAAAUAUCAAAUACCGCUGUUGUUGUACAUAAUAAUCUUGAAAAAUUAUCUAAAUUAGAUCAAGAAGAGGCUGCAUUUCUUUUUUUACUUUAAUAAAAGAAUUUAACAUUGAGAAAACAAAGAUAUUCCUAUUUUUCUAUCAACUUUUUUCUCUCAAUUUUUAACUAUAAGUGCUUUCAUUAUAAUGUCAAAAGAGACUGUUCGUAGAAAUGUAAUUUACCCUUACUACAUAUAUAAAUGUUCAGUUUGCAAAAGGUUUCCUAGUAAAAUAUUUGUACGAUGAUGUAUAUAUACAACAUAUAUGUUUAGCAUUUGUAUUUCAAUUUGAUAAUUUCUAAUUUCUCUUGAAUGUGUCAAAUAAAGUGUAUGCGGAAAUUC